CAACCGCGUGUAGCGGAAGUCUUUAUGCCGGGGUUUAAAUAACUUUAUUAACACUGGAAAGCAGUAGCAACGCGACCUGAAAUUUAUUGGCUUGGGAGUCGGGACGCGCGGCUCGGAGGCAAGAAAAGCUGUAGUACGAACACGGCCUUGAUGAAAUGAGGACUGCAUUUGCCUCCGGCCGUCUACUCUGCGCGUCUUUUCCGCUGUGGCGGCUGCGCAGGAACGCUGCAAGUUUAGCUUCUAUGCAGGAGGUGAUGAAGCUGCAGGAGAAGAAACGGAGCAGCGUCGUCUUCCCCGCGAGGGACCUGGAGAAGCUCCUGAGCCCCGACAUUGACAGGACCAACUUCAGACUCUUUGAUCCCACCAUUGAGGAAAUUACGGAGGCCGAGAGAUGGUUCAGGCCGUCCGGAAAACACGCCAUUGAUUAUUUCACGUCAGCGGUGAGGAUGGAUCACACUCCCGAGCUGCAGCAACCAGAGGUCUGUUUCAUCGGGAGAAGUAACGUGGGGAAAUCCUCGCUCAUCAAGUCCCUGUUUGCCUUGGUUCCAGGAAUUGAAGUGAAAGUCUCCAAAACCCCAGGCCACACAAAAAAAAUGAACUUCUUCAAAGUGGGAAAAGCCUUCACCCUGGUGGACAUGCCAGGCUACGGGUAUAAAGCCCCGGAGGACUUUGGGGAGAUGGUGGAAGGGUACAUCCAGGAGAGACGCAGCCUAAAAAGGACCUUUUUGCUGGUGGACGGGUCAAUCGGGAUUCAGAAAGCAGAUCUAGUUGCAGUGGAGAUGUGUGAAGAGCUUGGAAUUCCUUAUGUUAUCAUCAUGACAAAGAUCGACAGAUCCCGGCCCGCUGUCCUGGUCACACAGUUCAUGCAGAUUCAGGACUUCAUCAGGUCUCAGACGUUGGGCUGCUUUCCCGAGCCCUUCUUGGUCAGCUCUCUGCAUUUCUCAGGGAUUCAUCUCCUCAGAUGUUUCGUCGCCCACGUGACGGGAAACCAUCCAAAAGUCAGCUAAGUGACCGCCGUCGUAAUCCCAACCAGUUCUCCAAGAGGAGAGCGUUGCAGAGGAAGCCACAGGCUUGUGGUAGAAGGGGCUCAUGGGCCCGACGUCACUCCCGGAGUAAGGUCUCGUUCACACAUCGCUAUGGUAUGCUGGAUCCCAGAGAAGAGACCAAGAAAACUUUCCUAUAUACUUUUGAUAUCCAUGACCCAAUAAAGUCUGACAACGGCAGAGUGUGGUCCCGGCCGUACUCCAAUGCAGGAGAGUCCUAGGAGGACUGGACGUUUCUGACCAUGGACACAGUAUAUGGACUCCCAAGCCCUCGGUUAGUGGGAGCAGAGACCAAGUGUAUUUAUCAUUACAGAACAUUA